AUGGGCAACAAAAACAACAAGCCGGUCGUUCCCAAAGGCUGGGUCGCCGUUUGGGACGACACAUACAAUGAAUGGUUCUAUGUCGACGAAUCAACGGGCAAAUCGCAAUGGGACGCCCCCAAGGGCACUAGUUUCGGUGGGCCCCACGAAGAGGCCCCUCCUCCAUACUCAGAAGUUGUUGAUAAGCCGGCCGCACAGGCCGCAAGCAGCGCAAGCAGUGGAUCCAGAAUUAACCUGCCCUCCACUGCAAAGCCCCAGACCGCAAACGUUGGCGCCUCUCAACCGUAUCCGCAAUAUCCACAGCCAUACGCUCAGCCAUACGCCCAGCCAUACGCACAACCAUACGCUCAGCCAUACGCUCAGCCCGCUCCAUAUCCCCAGCAGUACCCUGCUAACUACAACCAGCCGUCCAGAAGCCGUUUUGGCGGGAUGGGUAUGGGAAUGCUCGGGGGCCUGGGAGCAGGUGCGCUUGGUGGCCUGCUUUUGGGCGAGAUGAUGACCCCAGACACUGUUAUCUACGAGAACAACGAUUUUGGCGGAGGCGAUUUCGGCGGUGGAGACUUUGGCGGGGAUUUCUGA